GAGCGAAUCCAUGAUUUGUUAUCUUUGGGUAAAUGUUAGCAUUCGUCUGUCCAGCGGAGGCAGAAGGGAGCUGUUUCAAAUGUCUUGUUUCUGGUCAUUAGCAUUUUAUUAAGUGUAUCUCUCUCUCUCUUUUUUUCCCAGGGUCCUCCUGGACAACGUGGUCCUUUGGGUCCUGUUGGACCAAGUGGAGCGCGGGGACCACCAGGAAACCAGGGAUCAUCUGGACCCAGAGGCCCCCCAGGGUCCAUGGGAAGCCCUGGAAAUCCAGGAGUACCAGGAAUUACUGGAAAACCAGGAAAAUCAGGAGAACCAGGAAAUCCAGGACCUGUUGGAAUUAAAGGAGAGAAAGGAGAGAGGGGAGACUUUGCGUCUCAAAGCAUGAUGCGCUCCAUCGCCCGACAAGUUUGUGAACAGCUCGUUAACAGUCAAAUGAGCAGAAUUGACGUGUUGAUCAACCAAAUUCCACCUAGUCCACUGAACAGCCGUCCAGGACCUCCUGGUCCCGCAGGUCCACCCGGCGAACCAGGUAACCGCGGAGAGCAGGGGCAACCUGGACGAACUGGUUUCCCCGGAACCCCAGGAAUACCUGGAAAUCAAGGAGAAAGAGGUGUGCCAGGAGAGAAGGGCGAGAGGGGAUCUCCAGGAAACAGCGUCAGAGGACAGAGAGGACAGUCCGGGCCACCAGGACCACCAGGCGAGUCAAGAACAGGACCCCCAGGUCCUAGUGGCUCCUCUGGGGUUCGUGGCCCUCCAGGUCGCCAGGGUACUCCUGGAGUCAGGGGACCACCAGGACCCCCUGGAUACUGCGACUCUUCUCAGUGUGUUGGUAUUCCUUACAACGGACAAGGAUACACAGGUAUGGCAUAGUAAACGCUCUGUCAUCUGUGCCACUUUACACUUUGAAGCCGAGUUUCUGAGAUGUUUGCCCGUGUGCUUGAGGGGCAUGUAAGGAUAAUCACCAUGGACUUAAUUAUUGAACAGUAAAAACGACAUUACAGAGAGCUUAAAACAAAACAAACAAAUACACGAACAGAACGGAGAGGACUGGCACUAACAUCAUCUCACAGCUACCAGCUACAGUGAUGGCAACCUGCUGGCCUGUUUGCAUCUUGAACCACAAACCGUUGGGGGAAAAUAUGUUUAAAAGCAAAGACUGAGCAUUUCUACGAAGGAAGGAGCAUGAACAAAAAAAAAAACCCAAAACAACCCAAACAGCUACUAACAAAAAGGUUUUUACAGCUGAAAACAACAUCGAUGAGUUGGUGAUAUGUGUAAAUAAAACUAAUUGUUUUUGUCUUGUAAAUGAUUGUGUGAACAAAAAAAACAACAAAAUUCAGUUAACAUCUGUAUGGAGCUUGUGCCUCGUAACGCUCUGCUUACUUACCAGCAGCAUAACCUCUGUAUUUGACUCCGUAGUGGCUUCAACAGCUGUGGUCUAGACUUAAGCAUGUUCCAUUUGUACUUUAAUCCUCGUACGCUGCCCAGAUCGGUGCUACGCGCGUUGCUUUCCCUGCCGUUUUCCCCAUGUGUCUUGUUGUGGCAUUUUAUCAUGUCUUUUUUUUUAUUUUAUUUUUUUUAUCCAGUACUUUUGUGGAUUUUUAUUGUAAAUGUCAUCACAGUUUUUGCUAAAUAUCUAAAUUUCCUCCGGUACUUUAUCUAGGAAGCUGUAGUUUGACACAGGGAAUUCUCUCAAAGUCCAGAGUGCAAUAUAAUUUAAUUUGUGCAUGCCAAACUAUGUUUUUUUUUUUUUUUUUGAUUGGCCUUCCUGGAUAUUUUUCUAGCCAACCGCUUCCAGCCGGAACCUGAGGUAGAGUCUAUAUCUGUGGAGCCAGCUGGAGAGUUUGAGUCAAUACACUCACCUGGUUACUCACGAAACCAACGAGGAAAAAGAUCACUAACAACAGACAAUACAGACACUUUAUAGCUACAGCAAAGAGCUCUCCGCAACAUUGAUGACAUUGGUUACUUAAUGUGAGGUUAAAGAUAUGCAGAAAAAAAAAGUACUUAUAUGGGUUUGAUACCCCUGGUUAUAUUGAACAUAUAUAUUUUUUUUUUUGACAUGAAAAAGUUUAGCAAGAUGACUACAAGCCUACAUGUUAAUUCAUUAAAACCUGUGUGCUUGCUAAGUUUUAAGUGUCUGCUUGUAAAAUAACGGCAAGUGUUUAUCCAGAGUCCAUCGUGUGAGGCACUAAUUAUGUAAAGAAAAACAAAGAAUUUCAACGUGUCAAGCUGUUUCAGAUUAGCCCCAAACGCAUCGCUAACUUGGACAAUCGAUUUGAUCUCCAAAGUCUUGUGCAUCGUCCUGUUUUGUAUGACGCUUUAAGGCGAAUGAUAAUCCGACCUAUUGUAACAAACCAAACGUUUUGUGUAUUUUUAUUUUUUUUUCCUCAAAGGUGGAAUUGCAUGUUUAUGUUGUAUAUUUACUGAGGAUUUUGUACGUCAGAAUAUACGUGUUCCCCAUCAAUGCAGUUGGAAUUGAGUUGCCAGAUCUUGGACAUACCAUUGCUUUUCCCAUGGUUUAACUGCACAUCUUGUGAAUUCCACGCAGCUUUAUUUUCUUAUUUAUUUCUGAAACAGAUGAGGCAUUUUUCAAUAAAACUACUGAAAAUGUU